AUGUCUCAAGACGUCGACAAGAACAACAUCUUGCAUUUAGCUGGAAAGCUAGCUCCUGAAAAUAAACUAAAUGUCAUUGCUGGUGCAGCUUUUCAAAUGCAACGUGAGUUACAGUGGUAUAAGGAAGUAGAGAACAUUGUACCUGCCGAGUGCAAAAACGAAAUAAAUUGUGUAGGAGAAACUCCGGCAGUGGUAUUCCAUAAGUCCCAUAAGAAACUUGUUACAGAAGGUGAGAAAUGGAUGAAGGAAGCAGCGACAUCAUGCAUAGUAGCCGCAACAGUGACUGCCACACUAGUUUUUCAAGCAGCGUUCGGUGGAACUAGUGGCUAUGAUAAAUUGAGUGUGUUCAUGACAUUUGGCUUUUCAGAUGCACUCUCCUUGUUCUCAUCGAUUGCGGCCGCCAUAAUAUUCAUGUCCAUCAUCACUGCACGCUACAAACAAGAUGAUUUUCUCAAGGCCCUUCCCAGAAAGUUCAUAUUGGGAGUUGUUAUCAUGUUCAUCUCCAUAACCUCAAUGAUGGUAGCGUUUGGAACCACUGUUUAUCAGAUUUUUUAUGAGAAAAAGGCAUAUUUGAUGCUCGGUUUAGUGGUUGUAUCAGCCUGUUUGCCCAUGCUCUUGUUUGUGGCUUCGCAAUUUUCCCUCAUAUGGCACUUGUUCAUUUACACCUAUCAGCCUGGCCUUUUCAGAAAGCCAAGCAAACGUGUCCUCGACCAAGUAAUUCGAUAAGUCAGAGAGAAACUGUUGAAGUUACUCUCGUUCCAGAGUGAUUAGAUAAUAAAAAAGUAGCAUCCUAUUUGUAUUCUAUAGAUAUUUGUACUCCAGAGUGAUUAGAUAACAUCCUGCUUGAUGUAAUAACAAAAUUCUUCCUCUUCUUAAUGAAUCUUUAA